AUGAGUGGAACAAAUCUCUCAUAUUUCCGAAGCAGUGCAGCUGAUGCUCCUGGUACCUCCCACACGCUUGGAACAAAGCAAUCGACGUUUAAUCCUGGAAGGUUUUAUAAUACUCCAAGGAGAAGGUAUCAGCUUCCGACUAAAGGAGUUUUGAAGAAUACUUCAGAUGUUAGUUUUACUCAUCCACAUGCGUACCAGAAGCAUCCUAUUCGUCUGAAAAAGAAAGAGAAUGCUAUCACAGUGCCUGCUUAUCCUGUCACUCAAGAAAGAGAGUUUGAUAUCACCUAUCCUGUUCCAAAUGAGAAAGGCCAAGUAGCUAUUGAAGGAGGCAUUCAGAAUACAGGGAGAAGAGAUAAAUAUGACAUGACUAGGUAUGAAUACCCUCUUGUUCCUUUCGCUACUCCAAGAUUGAAUUUAAGUAAAGUCAACUUCCAGAAAGAUUUCUUCAGGAAGGACUACAGAGUAAAUGGUGAAGUUCAUGAUGACCCAUACUUCCAAGGAUAUGAUCAGAAAAGGAAGAAGUUAGAUUUCAGGUACCUUGAUAGAGGGGAAGAAGAAAAAUUAGAGUAUCUUGAUGCUCCAGUUAAUGAAAACAACUUUACUGCUCCAGGUACAAAAGACUAUAAUCGACUGAUGUCCCAUCGGGCCCCAGUAAUUCACGAUAGCCACGGUGCUCCUUUUGAUAGAAACAACCCAAAUGUUCCAUCUCUUUAUUCGAACAUAAACUAUGGAGAUGAAAGAACUCAAUGAUGAGACCAUCAAAGAACGGUUAAAAAGAAAUAUUUUAAAACUAGAGAAGAAUUCAGUGCAAAUGAAUCUUUCAAAGAUCAUCCAAUAUUUCAUUCAAUUGAUGCUUACCAAUCAUGUACAUGAAGAAUAGGAGGCAAACAGAAAAUAAAUAAAAAAGAAAACUUCUAUACUAGACUUCAAAGCUUAGAACCCUCAAAGAAAUCCUAUAAUGAAACCUAUCUCGAUUAUAUGAGAGGUAAACCAGUUGCAAGGCCUGUAACUCCUCCUGAUGUCGGGGAUGAUAGUGAUGAUUCUUUAUACUGAGAGCAUCAUCAUCAUCCACCUAGAAUGAUAGAACCAGGGACUGCGAAAAUGGAGACAGCCCAACAAUCUUUCUUAUCUAAAUCUAGACCAAUAGUUAAUAACGUGAAGACAGCCUUAGAAGUUCCUCCUAUUGAUGGAGAAGAUUAUAUAAAUCCAACAUAUAGUAGAAGACUUGAAGAAGCUAAAUCUGAGAUGGGAAACGAAACUCCUGCUCCAAUGAAUGAUUUCACCCAAUCCAUCGGAACUGGUCUUCCAGAGAACGUUCCAGGCCAUGACUCAAUUCUAUUAACUAAAUCUAGAACUGAUGCUUUCACUCCCACCAAAAAGGCUGAUAAUGUCCCUGCUCAAGCUUCGACCUUUGCUAGAAGUAGAAAUUUGAACAUGACGGGUAAAAGCAGGACAGAGGUCCCAAAAUCUGUGAGUUUCAACUUUGAGAACUAAACGUCUGUAUUUUCUAAAAUAACACCAAUCUAAUAAAUC